UGCGAAAUAUGUCCCCCUCCCUCCAUGGUCACAUUCCCCUCGAGCAUUCUCGAGAUUCCGGCGAAUUGGCGGCACUCCGGUGUCCCCGUCGGCGGGGGAGUCGCGUGCGUGCCAUUUAGGGCGGCAUUGGGCAGUUUCCUUGUCGUCGUGGUGGUAGUCAUGCCGGUGAGGCUCGCCCGGUCGGCAACCACAUCCGUACAUACGAGAGAUUAGUUCCUGGAUUUGCCUGUGUGAGUGAUUUCUAGUUUGUUAGUUCUGAUUUUGCCUCGAAGGCUAUGGCCAUCACUGUUUUUAGGGCGUUCUUUGUUGUUGAAUUCAGGGUAUGAUAGUUGUGAAUGAACCCUAGAUCUAGUUUGGUGCAUUUCAAAGCGUAGGAUAAUGACAGUCAUGGCAAUUUCAACACCCUUGUUUUGUCGCCAACUAUCGCACUGAUGGCAACUAAUUUCCUGAAUCAACUAUGUAAUUUGCCAUGUCAUAUGUAGGAUAAUGUCAGUUUAUGAGAUCAAAGUCAGGGAGUAAUUUUUGUGUAUGAUUUCUAUAUCUAGGUAGUUGCAUAUUUAAGUGUGUGAUAAUGGCAGUCACGGCAACUUCAUUGCAUUUGUUUACCUACAACUAUCCUCUAAGUGGCAACUAAUUUUGUGAAUCAACUAUGCCAGUUGCCAUGUCAUAUGCAGAGUAAUGGCAGUUCGACUGUACAACAGAGUCACUAUGUUGCCAUGUUGUUUUUGUGAUAGCACAACAUAUUUGAUUGCAUCACAUGGAAACUCAUUUUUUUACGAGGACAGGGUGUGAGUUGCCACAUUAUGUGUUGUAGACUGGAAGUUGUCUGUCCUAUUUGAACUGCCUUAGCUGCCACAUCCUUUGUUUGUUAACAUGGCAACUCGAACCUAGUAGAUGUGGCCCGUCCUUUUACUAAGCCAAUGUGCCAUUUGCCACAUUACAUGUUGGACAAUGGUAGAUGGGUGUUCCUCUUUACUGCCUUAGUUGCCACUUUUAUUAGUGCCAACAUGGCAACUUGAUUCUGCUACAUGGCAACUGCUUCCCUAAGAAGCACACACACAUGCAGUUGCCAUGUUUCUGCAUUUGCUUCUCCAUUGGUUAUUUGCUGCCUAUUUGUGCAUGUUCAGCACAUGGCAAUUACCUCCUUUUCAGAUGCUACAACUUUGGGGUAAACAUGGCAGUUUUCAUUUUUUGUUAUCGAUGAUAUCCAGUGAAUCAUUAUUUCGUGCAUUUCUGUCUGCAUCUAUCGGCUGUGUUUUCAUUUUACACUAGUGUGUUUUUUUCUUACCGUAGCACAAUGGCUCGCAGUGACCAUCAAGAUGAUGAUGAUGACUUCAUGGAGUUACUGCCAUAGAAUCGUGCGACCGGUCGUACAAAAUACGGAGAUGAGAAGAAGAAACGUCAGUGCAAUAGGGCUUCGCAAGAACGCCUGACUAUAUUGAAUGGAGGAUUUACUGAUGAGUAGAAGGGAGCUGCCGUGAGAUGGGGAUGCAGGCUCUGAUGAAUGUUCAGUGCACGAACCUAGUAAACCCUGUAUGCUACUGGCUCGGUGAGAUAUAUGAGCCUACGUCUAGGGAAUUCGUGAUUCCAGGACGUGGAAGACUGCCUUUGGAUGAGGAAUCUGUGUUCUGCACUUUGGGUGUGCCCCGUGGAGAAAUCAAAGUCCGUACGAGGUCAAUAAUAAGAUUGAGGAAGCCUUGUUCGCCCAUUUGUUUCCUGCAAUGGCAUCCAUGCCUAAUACGACUGUGCUGGCAACUUCACUGGAGGGCAUGAAAACCCAUGGCGAGGUAUUUAAGAUGAAGCUGCUCAUGUACUUGAUCUCAGCUGUCUUUGCGCCUACCACAUCUCUUCGCCCAAGCAACAAGUGCUUCCCUAUCCUGGCAAAGCUGAAAGACGUUAAGAACAUGAAUUGGUGUAAAUUCAUCGCGGACUUCCUACAUGAUGCAUUCUCAAAUAAGAUGUGCCAAAAGGGCUGUCGCUUGCACCUAAUGCUCAUGUACGUCGAUCGUCUUGAUUUGUCAACUGUCGACUUUACUGAGAUAGGAGGCCCGCCGCAUCCACAUAAGUUUGUUGUCUCUGCGUGGAGGUAUGAUGCUGUCAAGGCUGUGCUUGCCGUAGACAGGAUAUCUGAUACAAAAUAUGGGAAACUGCAGGUUAGUUCUGCUGUCUUUCUUGCACAACAUUCUUGAAUUUAGAUGUUCGAUAUCAUAUGAAAAAAUCCCCAUACGGCAACCAUUUAUGGCUAACAAGCGAUAAAUACCUUGGCAACCAUGGUUGUCUGCACAUGGCACCCAUGUUUGACCCCAUACGACAACUCCGCCAUUCCGUGUCGAAACUCCUUCCUUUUUCCUUUUUGCAAUCCAUGAAUUGUAGUCACUGCUCCUUAUUUCUUUUGACAUCUUAUUGCAAUCCAUGUAUUGUGUGAAGUGGCGAUUAUAAGCCAACUCUUUAUCCCAUUCUUGUUCAUU